AUGGCUGCAUCUAACGAGCCAUUUUACAUCCGCUACUACUCGGGGCAUCAAGGUCGACACGGACAUGAAUUUCUUGAAUUCGACUUCCGAGUAUUAGGGGAUGGGAGAAGCGCCUCUGCUCGUUAUGCCAACAACUCCAACUACCGCAAUGAUUCCCUCAUCCGAAAAGAGAUGUGUGUCAGCUCUCUCCUUGUCGACGAGAUCAAGCGCAUUAUCAAGACAAGUGAAAUCAUGAAGGAAGAUGAUAAGAAUUGGCCGCAGAAAAAUAAGGAUGGGCGACAAGAGUUGGAGAUACGCCUUGGAGGCGAGCAUAUAUCAUUUGAGACGGCCAAGAUCGGGUCUCUCGUCGACGUUACCGAAUCGCAAGACCCCGAGGGUCUCCGUGUCUUCUACUACCUGGUCCAAGAUUUGAAAGCCUUAGUCUUCUCCCUGAUCGCUCUGCAUUUCAAGAUUAAGCCGAUAUGA